GGCAGCCGAGGGAGGUGGGAGUUGGUGGUGUCGUCGCUUCUGCCUGCUUAGCCUCUCGCUCUCUGUCUGGCCUGCUGCCGUACAACAAGAUGGCGGCGCUCACUGGUUGCUGAGCGGCGUCGGAGGAAUUUGCUUCAGGAAGCCUGUGUGAUUAACUGCUACAGUUUCAGGGAGUUGAUUUUUCUCCCUGAAGAGGGGACCUAUGAUGUCUGUGGUACAUCGGCUGACAGCAGGAUGGCUCCUGGACCAUCUGUCUUUCAUCAACCAGUGUGGCUAUGAGAUCUAUGACUCCUUUGCAUACCCUGGUGAUGUCACCAUGAAUACUUCUGUCAGUUCUGCUAGCGAUCAUCCUACUUCUACAUUUGCUACCACCUCUUCAAGUGAUGGUCCUGGUGAUGGUGUAGAAACAGAAGGUAAAACAGCAAGAACAAGAUAUGUAUUUCGGGAAGAAUUCUUUCACAUUUCUAAGGCCCAUAUAGCUGCAGCUCCCGAGGAGCAGCUGUUGCAAGGAAGCCCUGAGUUGACUCUCACAGAAAUGAAGGCCAGCAGCAGUGCAGAGGAACACAAAGGAGGAACCAAGUGUGGUGUCAGGGAUUCUGUUGCUGGUGCUAAGAAGAAGCGUAAAAGAAAAUGUGUAUUCAACCAAGGUGAACUGGAUGCUUUAGAAUACCAUACCAAGAUCAGAAAAUUCAUUUGGGAAGGCACUUUGCAUUUAGUCCAAGAGGGACUCAAAAGUGGUUUUCUUCAUCAUGCUGCUGCAGCACCCAGCUGUGGGAAGAAUGUUGUUCCUGGACGCAUUGACUGUGGGUUAGCUGAAUUAUGUGAAAUGGCAAAGCAAUUUCCAGCUGUAAAUGAUGGUGACCAUCAAGCUGUGAAUGUGCUAGAUGAUGAAACCACCAUUCCAGAGCAGGACCUGCUUUCAUGUGUCACAGAAAACAACUCAAACUGUGCAAAGAUAGUUGUAUUAAUGGGACAGAAGUACUUGGUGCCACCAAGGAGCAGUUUUCUUUUAUCUGAUAUUUCAUGUUUACAACCCCUGCUGAACUACAAGAAAAAAUAUGAUGUAAUUGUGAUCGAUCCACCGUGGGAAAACAAAUCUGUUAAAAGGAGUAACAGAUACAGCUACUUGUCUUCAUGGCAAAUCAAGCAGAUUCCUGUAUCCAUGCUAGCUGCUCCAGAUUGUCUUGUUGUCACAUGGGUGACUAACAGACAGAAGCACUUACGUUUUGUUAAGGAUGAACUUUAUCCUCAUUGGUCUGUGAAAACACUUGCUGAGUGGCACUGGGUAAAAAUUACUAGAUACGGAGAAUUUGUAUUGCCUUUGGAUUCUUUCCACAAAAAGCCCUAUGAAGUUCUUAUACUGGGGAGAGUUCAAGGAAACAUAAAGGAAGCCCGAAGGAAAUCUGAAGAUGUACUUCCAGUUCCAGAACAUAAAUUAAUUGUCAGCAUACCCUGCAGUCUACAUUCACAUAAGCCCCCCCUCACUGCUACUGUCACUGCACUGCUUCUGCCUCUGUAAGGCACUGCUGUUGACCAGAUCAUAAAGAAGUCGGAGUCUUUACAAGAUGUGCAGAUCCAACUUUCAACCCUUUCAGAGAUGGUAGCAUUUUUCAACGCAGAAGUCUGAGCACAGUUCCCAUGGCCAGCAUCAUUAGCACAAUAGAUGUUACAUACUGCUGGUUAAAGGUCAGUUGCAGAAUGUACAAAAUCUGAAUUUGAUUCCCAACAUUUUUUUCCUGUAAUAUUUUUUUUGUUAGUCAAAAAAAGACUAUUUUGUUAGUAAAAAAAAAAAAAAAAAAAGACUUUUUUUGUUAGUCAAAAAAAAAGAGAUCCUCAAAGAAGGAUCCAUGUAAACACUUGUGUUAUUCAUGCAAAUUGCAAGAUAAGGUUCACAAAGAGAAAGGUGGCGUAGUUUUCUCAUAUACCCACAGGAGAGGCACAUAAUUAUACCUAUGCUAGAAAUUGAAAGAAUUGCUAAUAAUGCGAUAUGCUAAAAAUAUGCAAUAUAGGUCUUGAUUUUUACAGUACCAUUAACUGAAGUCUGUAGCUAAAUUUUAGUGUUUUACUUAACAGUAUAGUCGUAUAACAGUUUUAUAUUAAUUCAGGAAGCAGCUCAUUGAAAAUAUUUUUAUGACCCCAUUACUCACCUCAAACCAUUCAAUGUGUAAUUUUAUCUAUACGUAGCCUUUGUUUACUUCAUUACUUUGUGCACUUCAGAAGUUAGGCUGGGUUCUGAAAGAAAGCAUGUGUCCUUUUCCAAGGUUCACGGUUUGUCCGUUGGUUCAUAGAACUUCAAAGAGACAGUUCUGACAUAAAAAUUACAUUUCCCCACAUCAAAGUUUUCACUGAAAAUUUGAUGAGGCCUACAACCUGACUCAUUAACAAAAACAAGAGGGUUUAGAUUACAAAAAGCAAUUUUUGAGCAACUAAUGGGCAGUGAGAUUAGCAAGGAUUUCAGAAUUUGUAAUGAGUCCAAGGAAGCGCAGAACAUAAGAGGAAUGUAAAUCUUAAUAGAAUUCUUGCUACAGGAUGCAACUUACACACGCAUACACACACACACAUAUAUUUCCAGUGGUCUCCAAGGUUCGCUGUGUUAUCACACAACCCUCAAAGUAAAAAAUGCAGAAGGAAUCAACAUUAUCAAGACGUAACGUUACAGAACAAAAUCUUCUAUUUUAAUAGUGCUGAAGAGCUGCAUUUAAGGAGACUGGGAACUGUCUUACCCAACAAUUUCAUUUUGUUGAUAUAAUCAUGGCUUUGUAUAGCCAUUUAUAUAAUAACAUUAUAGGUCUGUAAGAGAAACAGGAUUAUAUUAUUCCAUAACAAAGUUACCGAGCUAUUGGCAUUGUACUUAUACUAAGACUCUGCUUUUACAUAUAAUUUUCAUGAAAAUGCUAUUUAAAGGAAAUGAUUUAUCUGUUAUCACGCUGCUGGUUUUGUGGUCGUAAGUAGACCUCAGAAGCUUAGGCCUUUUGAUAACUGUCUUCUGGCGAUUGUUGUCAUUUUCAUUUCAAAUUGCUACGGUGAACUCUCAUCCCCAAGGAAUAGCUUGUCUGUUCUUGUCCCCUGCACGCAUAGAUGAGAAGGUGAAGCACAGUAGUCUGACUUUGAGGCUUUGGCACAUAUAUUUCUUUUUCUGGGGGAUUUGAUUUUCGUGCACAGGUGUGUGUGCAAACAAACAAUUUCCCACAGAUGUGCAGUGGAAAGAUGGGUGGUGGAUGGUGAUCAGACGAUGGGAUCAACCGUCUCUGGGGAGUGCGCUUCCCUCUGUAAUGGUGAGCGCUCUGCUCAGAAUGGUUGAAUCGAGAACAAGGGAUUUAUCUAAAAUGAACUCGCUUCUGAGUUUUUAAUUCUUUGUUAUAAAUCUUCACUGGAAAUCUAAAUAGUUCUCUGAGUUUUGGUGAUUUGAUCAUUAUGCAAAGCCUCUUUACGUGGCAGUGGUAGCAAGUGAAAAUAAAUCCAGAUGCGCUGGUAGACUUAAGACUCCCUUCACAGCCCCAAGAUGUGAAAUAAUAUCUGCUAUCUUCAUCAUUUCUUACUGUCUAGCCAUUUAUGAAAUGCUUACCCAGUGAAGAUGCAAUAGUUUUCAUUUAAAGUCUUGGUACUAGAUAUUUAGUCUGAGACCAGCUGUGACACUUAAGUAUUUCCUGCUUUGAUGAACCAGAUGAUGAAAUAAUCUAAUUAGUCUCCUCAUGAGAAGCAGUCAGAAGUAUGAUAGCUUUCCUAUUUAAGAAUCAAUAAAAUGGCAAGAUGGUAAAAUCUGUCAGGGCAUCUGUAACAUUAAUGUUUUAUUAUGAAAAAAUGGAAGCCUCAUACAGAUCUGAUUACAGAGGAUCACUUAUGUUUCUUUGUAAUAUCCAGGGAUUAGCAACCAGUGCUUAUCCUCUUGCACGCUGUCUGUAUUUGUGUGUUCAAAAGACAGAAGGGGAUAUGAGAGUAAGACAUACCAAUACAAGUACUUAGUUUUCUUCUGCCCAACGGGUGCUGUAGGUGAAGACUUCAUUUUUGUGAUACCUUUAUUCUUUCUCACCUUUAUGCAUAGCAGGUUCUGGAGAUACAAAUGACAGUUUGCAGCUUGUAUGGACAUGGGAGGUUUCGCUGAAAUUGAUGUAAUUGUGCUGUUUUACAUGAGGAAAGCCAUAGCCCUUUGUCUGACAACUACUGGUGCCCACUUUCACCAUCACUGUUGAACCCUCCUAUGAAUUUCUCAGCCUAUUCAGGCUGCAAAAAAACAACAAACAGAUCUCAAUAAGGCAGGCAUAGUAUUUGCUAAACCAUCUGUGACUAUUUUUCGACUUGUCUUUCUUCAUGUGACCCCAGCCUUUUUGCUCUCUGCGUCAGAAGUAGCUCCUUCCGUGGAUCACAGGGGCACCAAACCAAACCGUAAUUACAGGCUGCAUGUGUUUAUGCUUAAUCCUUUGCCUUGAAGGAGCUGAGCUGCUGCUGGCAGCUAAAGGCAUUUUCAGGUCUCCGUCUUGUGAAUGCUGCAGCCUGGCAUUAUAAUCAGCUGUCCUAUCCCACCUCCUGUAGAAAUGAACUACAGCUGCUGUUGCUAUCUAACAUUUAACAUCUUUUAUAUAUCUUAUUGACCCUUACCAACAAUACAAACCACAGGUUUAGAAAUACUGAGCUAAGUAUCUAACAUUUCUCAUGUCUUAAGUCAUACAACAUGUUGAAGCUAUGCUCUUUUACAGUAAUGCUUUCACCAGCAGACAUUCCCUUUUAUCUACCUGUCCUCGUAUAACUUGCUCAUGUUGUGAUAUAAAUCUAUUUAGAUUGAAAAAGAGCAAAUAUUUCAGGAGGCUUUCUAAAAGCAGCUAAAGCAUUUAUCUACUUCAGUUAGAAAUACUCCAGCUCUAUCUAAUAGAGCUCUGUGCCUGGGGAGAGCUUAAUAUCAUACAGAGUUCUCCCUCUGGAUGGGUAUCUUUAAUGUAUCACUGGUGCUAGAAAGUUUUCUUUGACAUUUACAGCUGCUGUUGCCAUUUCUUACCCUCUAACGUUUCCAGGCAGAGUCUUCCAGGAGGGUCUAAGCCUUCUCAGGCUGAGGCUUGCCCGUCUCCUCUGAGAAGUUGUUUUGCAGUUUCAAAUACCUCAGCUAUUCAUAAAAAGGCAGUGCAGCCUUGCCAGCCCUGAAGAGUACAUCUGUCUCACUGAGUCACCACAGAGAUACUGAAAACAAACAGGAUUUGGCAGUCCUGUGGCAGUGCUCAGUUGCUCAGCUGUUUCAGGCCACUGGAAGGGUGAAAUUAAGACUUUUAGGAAGGGCUUUAGGGAAGUCAGGGUGGCAGUUCAAUGGGAGCAGGAGCUGGACUGCUUCAUCAUCUGAUUCAUUAGAGGAGGAACAACUUAAUGAUCAUGGAUGGUGUCAGACAGUAUAUAGCACCUAGCAGAAGAAAAAGAAUUGCUGAGUACAACGAAUGGGGAGUCUAAGUAGAGACAAGUGGCUGCAUGAAAUGAAGGAGCUCUUAUAAGGACUGCCCUGGUUUCGGCUGAGAUAGUCAGUGUUAAUAGCACAGUGAAGUUUUGAUUGUUGCUAACUGAUAGGAGCACAUCCAGUGCUGCAGGCUCCUCAGCAGGGAAGAGCCACUGCCUUUAUGGUACAGCAGCAGGGGCAGGGCAGAGCCAGGAUAGGUGACCUGCAUUAGGCCAGCAGUUAUUCCAUGCCACCAUACAAAAGGCCAUAAACCUGUGAGGGAGUUGGCCAGAGGUUAGCUUCUGCUUGAGGAUUGGUUGGGUAAUGGUCAGCAGGUACUGUGACCUGCAUUGCUGGCAGGACAUCAGGUGGUGAGUGACUGCAAUAUAUAUUAUAGGAAUUAUUAUAUUUUUUAUUUUCAUUUUUUUGUCUCAGCAAAUAGUUUUUAUCUCAAUUCACAAGUUCUAUUUUAGUUCUACUUUGUUUCCAGUUCUUUCUCUCAUCUUACUUGGGAGUGAAGUGAUUGAAUGCUGUGUGGUGUUGAGCUACCGCCAGGUUAAACCAUAACAGGACCUCCAAGAGAGAAGUAUGAAGCCUAUACAGAGCCUAAAUUCCAAAACAGCAGGUCAGAGAUCAGGAUUUGUGGUGGAAAGUGGUAAGGACAUGCCAAGCAUCUGUUAAGAAAGGAAGUCUUUACUACUAAUCUUGUAAUGAUUUCACGAAUCUUUCUUGUUUCUUGAGGACUUAGCCUCUGAUGAAGGUUCCAUUUAACUUGUGAGACCUGAGUUCAUUCCUGAUUUUUUUUCUUCUCUCAGUUUAUGUUGGCAGUGUGCUUAGCCAUGUGUGAGUGAUGUAAAAUGCUCUGCCCUCUCUAAUACAAAGAUCAGGAAGACAGCUCAGGUCUUCAGGUUUUGUAUCUAAAGACCCAUCUCUUACAUGCACACUGUCAAGUGAGUGGCUCAGAGUCACUUUUCUGUUUUACUUAGUCUAUGCUUAGGAUGUUUGUAGGAGAAAACAGAAAAUAGAAGCUUCAACACAGGAUGAGAGAAGGAAGAGAUGACAUCAAAGUGCUGCAAUGAAACCUGGCCUGAUAUAACAUGACUUAAUGGAACAACAUUCCAUUAGACAGCACUGGUCACAGCAAUAGAUCUUUUGUCACGCUAUCCCUACAUUUGUUUGAGAUUUAAUUAUGCUUUCACAUGAUUCUGAAUGUCACUGAACAUGGUCAGCUGACUCUUGAAAGUCCACGCAGAGGCAAGAGAGUUGUGUUUAUUUAGCUCUAAACAAUAAAAAUGCUCAGCAGGUAUGGUUGGUACUCCCUCAGCUAACUAGCAGAACAGAGUGGUAUUUUCUUUGCUUGACCUGUUGCUGGUCUAAGCAGAUAUUUGUGGUGUCAAAGAUUUUGAACGUGCACAAUGCCUGGGGGAAGUUCUGUCUUGCCAGACAACCAAGAUGGAUGGUCAGUCUAUUGCUCACUUCUAAUUUGACUAUUAAGUACAACAACAAGAAGAUCACAACAGAGAGAACAGUCCACAUGUAUAUUGAAACAAGACGUGCCAGUUAUUGAUUCAACUGAAUGCAGAUCCAGAUCUAGUUCUUUUAUUGUGUGCUUGAGACGCAUGUACAUAAGUCUCCUGUCUUACACAGCAUGCUCUUCUAAAAUCCUCUGUUGUGCCAAAGCUGGCUGUCAAAUGAAAUGGAGAAAAAAAAGAAAAAAAGAGGCAGCAAAUACUAAAAACUACUGAUGGUGGCACUAGAGGCCCAUCCCUCUAUCCUCCUCCCCAGAAAGCUAAUAAAGAACAUCAAAAAUAGAUGUUAUCAGGCCAUCAAGAAUUAACAACAUGCAGCAGAUGGUAACACCUACCCUUUGCUGUAUAUCUAAUUUUAGCCCAGACUAUUUACCAGCAAGUUGUGGCAAAGAUUAAGGAAUCUAGCACUCUAGAGUGGGAAGUGGGUAGAGACAGGAGGGGGUGGAGAGGUUAUUUCUCCCUUUUGGCCCUGUUUUAGGAUAUCACUUUAAUUAGUGGCUUUGCACACCACCAUUACUCUCAGUGAAAUGAAUGAAGGUGAUUCUUUCAACCCCAAACAUAGUCUUGAAGUCCAUGACAUGGCCAGCAAGCUGAGAUUUGUUUUGUGCCUGAGACGGAGCCAUCUCCCUGAAGUGUUACCGGAGGAAAUGCAAUAAUGCUUCACUGUAUAUGUGCUUGUCUGCUUAUGGAUGUAUGUAUAUAUUCUCAGUUAUCAUAUGCUGCCCUUACCUGCUAUCUUCUCUCUGCUUUGUUUUUCUUUCCUGAUGCCCAGAACAGUAUGAUUUAGGACAGUAAAUACACAUUGAUGUGUGUUUGAUCUGCCACUCCUGUGAUGGAUCAUCUAGACUAAGAGCAUGUCUUCACCACAAGCUUAAUGCAGAUUCUGCCCAACAUUUUAGUACAAGUCUCUGUGUCAGCAGCGCACUUAGACCUUUCACUCAGGCUUAUAUGAGCUUUGAAAAGGCAUUUGCUAACCACAGGUUAAAGCCUUGGUGCUGCUGAAAGGUGGUCUCUGAACAUCCAGCUGGGUGACACAGAUGUGCCACUCACCGCGGGGCCAGGGAGCAGCUGCAAAUUGCUGUGAGAGAACAAAGCGUCUUGGCAUUUCUUCUGCCAGGGUGAAGAAUGGCACCAACAGUGUCAAUAGUCCUCAGAUCAGAGGCCUUAGAGAACAGGUGCUCUUGUUUUCCAAGCAGAGAAGGAGGUGGACCAUUUCCUUGUAGGCCAUUUCUUAGGUGGGCACCACCAUGCUCCCUCCCCACUGUUGUUUGUUGCCAAGCCAGGACAGGGUUACCAUGGAUGUAGCUGGUGGUUGUGCAUGCUUCUUGCAGUGGAAGACCUUGGUGAUAAUCAAGGGACUGAUGGGUUUCUCUGUCCGACAUCAUGCCCUCCUGGGGGGCCUUUGCUUACUAGUUCCAUGCUUAGCCUUUUGCCCAUAGGCUUAAAUUUGCACUUCAGUACAUACUGGGGGGAAGCCAGAAGGCAUACAGGUUAGAAAAGAGUUGAAAACAUCUGAAGGAUCUGUACGCAAUGGGAGAAAUUUCCCCAAAGCUCUGGAAAGACUACAGUAGUGAUAAAACUUACUUUUCUCCUCCUCUGAGAGGGUCAUUUACAGAUUUAAAUCCUUUUUAACUGUUACAUUGCAAACUGCUUUUUCCUAAGGGGAAGUUACUUACAUAAGAUAUUUAACGUAUAUCUCUGUGGUGGAUGCUUUGUUUGAACAGCACUUCAGUGAGAAACAAACUGCUCUGUUGCACAAGUGAAUAAAAAAUGGCCUGUAGCCCUGGUUCUGAUAGACUGACUAACAACUGUGAGUUUUCUGUAUUUUGUGCCUGGUUUGAAGUGCCUGAAUGAUAUUGGUUUUUAUAUUUAUUAUUUAUUGGAUGUCUCCAGGGAAGAGAGCUCUGGCCUCUAGUUGGUUUGGCUAUGUUUCUCAAGAAUAAAAAUCUUACAAACAUUCAUUUUUAAAGUUA